UCUUUAGACACCAAUAUAUAAUAUCAGAGAAACACGAGAAUUAAACGCUCGAGACGCAUCGAAAGUAUUGCCGAUGUUUAUAUUUUCCAGUCAUAAUGCAUCUUGCUGUCUGUAUAGCUGUAUCACUGGUUCUGCUUUCAAACGUUGAGCAAUCUGAGUGUGAUGCGAGUAUGGAACAAGUUAAAGCCAUUUGGAGUAGGUACAAUCAAGUGUCAAGUACUGGAGACUCAACCUAUUACGGAGACUACCCUGUCGGGGUAGGCGCAUGUGAGUUAGAUCCAAUAUCACCGGUUAAUAAUCAACCAGGAUGGAUUUUAGUAGCAGCAGGCAAAGAGAACUAUCAGAAGUCUUUGGGGUGUGGUAUGUGUGUUGAGAUUAAAGGAGAUGGAACAUCAAGCCUCGGAAGUAAUGCUGGAAAUGACAUUCCUAUUAAAGGACCUUUUAAAGCUACAGUGGUUGAUCUAUGUGGAGACUGCAAUCAAGGUGGUUUUGAUCUGUUUAUCACAGGUAACGGUAAGUGGAAGACAUCGUUCAAAGCUAUCGAGUGUGCGYCGGUCAGCGGUCAGGACGGGAAUAUUAAAUUCAGAUUUGACGGGAGCAAUGAAUGGUACUUGAAACUGCAGGUGCGAAAUUCAAAAGUGGUGACGGUAGGCCUGGAACUUCUCAAAGACAAUAAAUGGCUUUGCAUGCGUCGCGGUAACAACAACCACUUUACAAUCAGCCCUGGUCAAGUCAUUUUUCCAAUCAAAGUACGUCUGACUAGUAUCUUCAAUGAACAGUUGGAAGCUACAAUUACAUCACUGGAAAAUGAUGUCGAUAUCCAAAGCAAGAUACAGUACAAGGGGGUUAUAGCAGAUAGCAAACCUGAAGACAUCAAGUGCUACGGUCAGGGUGGUGUAACUCAAGAAGCAAAGAACAACCCGUUGCCGUCUGCCGCAACACCAGCACCCAAUCAAAGCCCCAGUAAACCUGGGCAGGUCUUACCUUCUGCCGCAACACCUGCUCCCAAUCAAGGGUCCAGUCCUGAAUCCACUUUAACCAGUAAACCUGGACAGGGAGGGUCUUCCCAGCCCUCUCAGACCAAUACACAGAAGCCAUCAGGGCAAACAUCUGAACAAAAAGAUGUUUGUAAAGAAAGGGCAAACGGUCUGUAUCCAGACGAGAGCGACUGCCAUGCAUUCAUAGUUUGCAGCAAUGGAAUAACAUACAAAAAGACAUGCCCAGCAGGGCUGUUGUAUAAUAGAGACUUGAAGGUUUGUGACUGGGCAAGAAAUGUUAAUUGCAGGGAACUUACGAUGUAAACUGAGCGAAAACACCAAGACACCAUUUGAAACUGGUUGUACUCCACAUAUCUACCGACCGAGUUAAAGCCUUUAUAAAUGUACUUAUGGCGUAAGGAAGAUAUCACAGAUUUGUUAAAUGGUAACGUUGAUUUAAUAAAAAAAACCCCUAGCGAUUG